CAGAUCCCGGGCGCAAUUGCUCCCCGGAGCGGCCGAGGGGCGCGCGGGGAGAGGCCUGAGCCGGGGUACUUUCAAACUGAGGCGCGCGCACACCCACCCACCCAGACACACACGCGCGCGCGCACACACACACACGCGCACACACACACACACACACACACACACACACACACACACACACACACACGCCCAUUUAUAUAGGCGGUGGCGGCGGCAGCGGCCGGGGCGGCGGCGGCGAGCGCAGGAAUGAUGGAGCUGAGCCAGCCGACCCGGGUUGGAAGCAAGUGAGGAGAGCCAAGGCGCGCCCCGGGAUUUCUGUGCCCCGCGCUUGUCAUCCUCCUCAGGGAACGGUGCACGCGGAGGAGGAGCGGCUGGACUGAUUUGCUAAGGGGAGGGCGGGGACGAGGAGGAGGCCAGGUGAGCGAGGAGCCCCCUGCGUAUCCGGACUCCCCGAACGCGCCUUUGCCCGACUCCUAACCCCUCUCCACCCAGGUGGGCGCGCCCGUUUCCCCGCUCGCCCGGGGCGCUUUGAGGAGACCAGAAAGUCGCGGCCCGGCUGCGCGGGAUGCCUUUCGCCAAGCGGAUCGUGGAGCCGCAGUGGCUGUGCCGGCAGCGACGCCCGGCGCCUGACCCGGCGGAGGACGCGAACAGAGGCAGCGCUGAACCGCCGCCGCCGCCCCUGCAGCUGCCCGGCCGACGGGACGAGGCCGUGGCGCCGGGGCCGGAGGAUCCUCCCCGCGCGCCCCGCGCGCUGCCCGCGCCAACCGACCAGGCGCUGCCGCCGCACGGAGAGGCGCCCGCGGCGGGCGAGGAGAGCGCGGCAGGGGUCUUGGAGGCGGCGUCAGCGGCCGGCGAGGCGUCCUCGGCGGCGGCCGCGGCCGUGUUGCUCAUGCUGGACCUGUGCGCGGUCAGCAACGCGGCGCUGGCCCGCGUCCUCCGGCAGCUCUCGGACGUGGCCCGGCACGCGUGCAGCCUCUUCCAGGAGCUCGAGAGCGACAUCCAGCUCACUCACCGUCGCGUCUGGGCGCUGCAGGGCAAGCUCGGUGGCGUGCAGCGCGUGCUCGGCACGCUGGACCCCAAGCAGGAGGCAGUGCCUGUCUCCAACCUGGACACCGAGAGCAAGCUGAGCGUGUACUACCGUGCACCGUGGCACCAGCAGAGAAACAUCUUCCUCCCGGCCACCAGGCCGCCCUGCGUGGAGGAGCUGCACCGCCACGCCCGGCAGAGCCUGCAAGCCCUGCGCAGAGAACACCGGAGCCGGAGCGAUCGCCGCGAGCAGAGAGCUGCUGCACCCCUUUCCGUAGUAGCUCCUCCACUGCCCGCCUACCCCCCAGCUCACAGCCAGAGAAGACGCGAACUUAAGGACCGGCACUUCUUAACGUUUAACAGCACCCGUUCGCCCUCCCCCACUGAAUGUUGCCACAUGACCCCAUGGAGUAGAAAGUCCCAUCCCCCGGAGGACGAAGAUACAGAUGUCAUGCUAGGGCAGAGGCCGAAAAACCCAGUACACAAUAUCCCUUCCACACUGGACAAGCAGACCAACUGGAGCAAAGCACUACCUCUCCCGACGCCGGAGGAGAAGAUGAAACAAGAUGCCCAAGUGAUUUCUUCUUGCAUUAUUCCCAUCAAUGUCACUGGAGUUGGUUUUGACAGAGAGGCUAGUAUACGCUGCUCUCUUGUUCAUUCACAAUCCGUACUACAGCGGAGACGAAAACUGAGAAGGAGGAAAACCAUCUCGGGUAUCCCCAGAAGAGUCCAACAAGAAAUAGAUUCUGAUGAAUCGCCCGUGGCCAGGGAAAGGAAUGUGAUUGUGCACACAAAUCCAGAUCCUUCCAACGCUGUCAAUAGGAGGUCUGGAACCAGGGACUCGGAGUGCCAAACUGAGGACAUUCUGAUCGCUGCUCCAUCCAGAAGGAGAAUCAGAGCUCAGAGGGGUCAAAGCAUUGCAGCUUCCCUUUCUCAUUCUGCUGGCAACAUUUCGGCAUUGGCAGACAAAGGCGACACCAUGUUUACUCCUGCAGUGAGCAGCCGCACAAGAUCUCGGAGCCUUCCCAGGGAGGGCAAUAGAGGUGGGGAUGCUGAGCCCAAAGCUGGUGCUAAACCCUCAGCAUAUGAAGAGGGGGAGCCUUUCGUGGGAGACCAAGAAAGAACCCUUAACGAUUGCAGCGAGGCCCCCAGCAGCCCGAGUGCACAGGAGCACCAGCCUGCUUUGAGCCUGGCCUGUUCUCAACAUCUUCACAGCCCCCAGCACAAGUUAAGUGAGAGAGGGAGGUCACGCCUGCCCCGGAUGGCUGCCGACUCUGGCAGCUGUGACAUCUCCUCCAACUCGGACACCUUUGGGAGCCCCAUCCACUGCAUCUCCACGGCUGGCGUCCUCCUCAGCAGCCACAUGGACCAGAAAGAUGACCACCAGUCAUCCAGUGGCAACUGGAGUGGGAGCAGCUCCACAUGCCCCUCACAGACCUCAGAGACAAUCCCUCCUGCAGCCUCUCCUCCCCUCACUGGCUCUUCACACUGUGACUCGGAGUUGUCACUAAACACAGCCCCUCACGCUAAUGAGGAUGCCAGUGUCUUCGUGACAGAGCAGUACAAUGACCACCUGGAUAAAGCGAGGGGCCACCGAGCAAACUCCUUUACCUCCACUGUGGCAGAUCUGUUGGAUGACCCCAACAAUAGCAACACGAGUGACAGCGAGUGGAAUUAUCUACACCACCAUCACGAUGCCUCCUGCCGCCAGGAUUUUAGCCCUGAGCGUCCCAAGGCAGACAGCCUGGGCUGCCCAAGCUUCACGAGCAUGGCCACUUAUGACAGCUUUCUGGAAAAGUCUCCAUCGGACAAAGCAGACACUAGCUCUCACUUUUCAGUGGACACAGAAGGAUACUACACCUCCAUGCACUUUGACUGUGGUCUCAAAGGUAGUAAGAGUUAUGUCUGUCACUAUGCAGCCCUGGGCCCAGAGAAUGGCCAGGGUGUCGGGGUUCCUCCUACUCUUCCAGACUGUGCCUGGCAGGACUACUUAGACCACAGGAGACAGGGGAGACCAAGCAUCUCUUUCAGGAAACCAAAGGCAAAGCCGACUCCACCUAAACGUAGCUCAUCAUUGAGGAAGUCUGAUGGAAAUGCAGACAUUUCUGAGAAGAAAGAACCAAAGAUAAGCAGUGGCCAGCUCCUGCCUCACAGUUCCAGGGAAAUGAAGCUGCCUCUUGAUUUCUCCAACACGCCUUCUCGAAUGGAAAAUGCCAGUCUGCCCACCAAGCAGGAACCUUCUUGGAUGAACCAGAGUGAACAUGGCAUUAAGGAACCUCAGUUAGACACUCCAGAUGUUCCACCAUUCAAAGAUGAAGGUGCUGAAUCAACUCACUAUGCAGACCUCUGGCUUCUAAAUGACUUGAAAACAAACGAUCCUUACAGAUCUUUAUCUAAUUCAAGCACUGCUACGGGUACCACAGUUAUCGAAUGCAUCAAAUCUCCAGAGAGCUCGGAAUCCCAAACAUCCCAGUCGGAAUCUAGAGCCACCACCCCCUCCCUUCCUUCUGUUGACAAUGAGUUUAAACUGGCUUCACCAGAAAAGCUGGCUGGCUUGGCAUCUCCGUCAAGUGGCUACUCCAGCCAGUCUGAAACGCCAACGUCCUCUUUCCCUACAGCUUUCUUUUCUGGCCCAUUGUCUCCUGGAGGUAGCAAAAGAAAACCAAAAGUCCCAGAAAGGAAAUCCUCACUACAGCAACCCUCUUUAAAAGACGGAGUUCUAUCACUGGGUAAAGACCUUGAACUUCCAAUUAUACCUCCUACCCAUCUUGACCUAAGUGCUCUUCAUAAUGUCUUAAAUAAACCAUUCCACCACCGUCACCCAUUGCAUGUUUUCAGUCAUAAUAAGCAAAAUGCAGUAGGAGAAACACUGAGGUCAAAUCCUCCACCGUCUCUUGCAAUUACACCAACAGUCCUGAAAUCUGUCAACCUUAGGUCCAUCAGUAGGUCUGAAGAAGUUAAGCAAAAAGAAGGCAACAAUACAGAUCUCCCCUACUUAGAGGAAAGCACUCUCACCAUGGCUGCCCUGUCUCCAGGUAAGAUUAGGCCACAUAUGACUAAGAAAUCACUAUCACGUCAGUACUCCACUGAAGACACCAUAUUGUCCUUUUUAGACUCCUCUGCAGUUGAGAUGGAAUCAGAUAAACUACAAUUAGAAAAAAACCGUUCUUUUGAUGUGAAGAAUCAUUGUGAUCCAGAAAUGGUAACCUCAGCUGGUACCAACCUUCUAGAUUCAAGUGGCACAAAAGACCAAAUACAUAUGGACAGUGAGCCUAUUCCAGAAAACACACCAAGUGAAAGUUGUGACUUUCCCGCAGAAGGAUUUCAGAGGGUCUCUGCUGCACGCCCAAAUGAUUUGGAUUGUAAAAUGCUACAAUGUGGAGCUGGUCCAGAUGGAGCCCUAGCGCAGGUCCAGAAGGUAUCUCCUGUAGACCGGGAGGAAGGUGCAUACCCUGUGUCUGUGGACGUGCUCACAUCUCAGUCCAACUCACCAACUAGAGUCACAGACAUAAGCAAUCAACUUAAGCAUCAACUUGGGAUGAGCCGCCACCAAGACAAAGUGCCUGGGAAUAUCAGCUAUGAAGCAGAGAUAUCAACUGUAAAUCCAUGCCCUGAAAAAUGUUCUGAGCAGGAAAAUAUUGCUUCAGGUAUUUCAGCCAAAAGUGCCUCUGAUAACAGCGGAGCAGCAGAGGAGACCCAAGGAAGUGUGGACGAGGUUUCGCUGAAAGAAUCGUCACCGAGUGAUGACUCUGUGAUUUCACCACUAAGUGAAGACUCUCAGGCUGAAGCAGAAAGUGUGUUUGUGUCUCCAAAUAAACCUCGAACAACGGAGGAUUUAUUUGCAGUCAUUCACAGGUCCAAGAGGAAAGUACUUGGAAGAAAAGAUUCUGGGGACAUGUCUGUUCGAAGUAAAUCUAGAGCUUCCCUGGGCAGCAGUAGCAGCAACAGUGCUGGUUCUGUCACCUCAACCAACAGCAAUGUGACCACCCCAAACAGCCAGAGGUCUCCUGGCCUCAUCUACCGAAAUGCCAAAAAGUCCAACACAUCGAAUGAAGAGUUUAAGCUAUUACUCCUCAAGAAAGGCAGCCGCUCGGAUUCCAGUUACCGCAUGUCUGCUACUGAGAUCCUGAAGAGUCCCAUCCUGCCCAAACCUCCUGGGGAACUCACAGCCGAGUCCCCCCAAAGCACCCAUGAGGCCCAUCAGGGGGCACCGGGAACUGAAGCGCUGUCCCCCCUCUCUCCGUGCUCCCCACGGGUUAAUGCAGAAGGUUUCUCCUCAAAGAACUUUGCCACCCCGGCAUCGGCAAGGGUUGGACGUUCCCGGGCUCCCCCUGCGGCCAGCAGCAGCCGCUACAGUGUCCGCUGCAGGCUGUACAACGCGCCCAUGCAGGCCAUCUCCGAAGGCGAGACAGAAAAUUCUGAUGGGAGCCCACAUGAUGACCGAUCCUCCCAGAGCUCAACAUAGGUGGUCCACGCCAGGCUGGCUGUCAAAGGCCAAAACCUUAGUCGUAUGAGGAUGGAGGAACAGAACGGAAGACUGGGGAGAAGUCAGCACAUGGUGGGGUACCAUCACGCUUACCAACAAGUUCCUAAAUAUUUGCUGGGGAAAUGGAAGGUGGUUUGGUCUUUCUUGAUUAUUUUCCAUAUUUUUAAGUAGCUGCACUGUCUUUCAUAUUUUUCUUUAGGGUAGUUUGAUUUACCCAAUCUCAUUCCUUUUGAUAAUAGAGAAUUUGAAAAUGUCUGCUUUUCAUGAAACCUAGAAAAAGUUUUCCCAGAGCUGCCUAUUCAGAAAACAAAGCCCUCACUGUCAUAAUUCUUAAGAGGAUGAAAUACUCUGGAGGUUCGGUAUAUUUUUACAUUAAAAUGAACUAAAGCAAAAUUUAGAAGAACUACACACAUGUAAAUACCAUAUUUUUGAUAAAAAUGUGUAAAUAGAUUUAUGGAUGACGAGUGGACAUGUGGCCAAUUAUCUACCACACCAACUGCUUAUAGAACACAACAAAUAAAGUGUAAUAAUUGUAUUCUGUGAAUACCAUUUUCGUAUCAAAUACCAUAUUUAAAUGUCCACCAAUAUGAUUUCUGAGUGAUAAACCUCAAAAUAUGAAUUUUAAACUGGUGAAAUAAAGGAAAUCUUGAGGUCAUAUAGUGAAAUGUGAUUAAUUUAAAAUAAUGAAUUCAGACUUAACCAUUUUUGUGACAAACUGCAGCACCAAACAAACUACUGGUAACACGUGGCUGUGAUUUGCCAUGUGGCAAUUUGGACAGAAUGAAAAGCAUGCUUUUGAUUUAAAAAAAAAAAUCAGUGAGAGAAAUCAUCAUUCUCAACAUAAAGCCCUGAACAACAGCACUUGACAGUGUCCUUUAAACUUCAAUUUUUCAGUGGAUUGCUUUAAAGAGAAUGAGUAGGGAAAACAGUAGUUAAUUUUAGGUUAUGUUUUAUAUUACACUACUGGGGACAUAAACAGUCCUAAUCUGAGGACUAGAAUCUUUAAACUCCUUAAACAGUUGAGCAAUUAGCUCCAGGUUCUUUAACGAACGAAAACAAAACAUAAGCAUGCCACAGAGCUGUGGAUUUAUCAGUAAGUACCUGCAAUGAGUUUUCAGUGAAGCUUUCUCUCUGUGCUGAUGAGAUCCAUGCUACCUAAAAAUUAACAGAAAUGACACUGUGAACAACGUAGUUGGGAAAUAGGUAUGUGUAUAUGCAUUAUUUAAAUUCACUGUUAAAAUGGGAAUGGGGAGCAGCUCUGGUUCACAAUGCUACAUAUA